ACCAAGACCAAACCUUCCUAACCUUCAACGUACCUUUAACAGUUUAAGUCGCUGCUUUGCGAGACAGAAUGAUAAUUUUUUCUGCGAAAAGUUUUUAUUUUGUGAUAAAAUGUGCCAAAUAAGCAUAAAUUCACUUAUAUUUGAAGUGAUAGAUAUAUUCUAAAUUAAUAAUAUUAUUGUCCGAGAAUGUUGUCAGAAGUUGAUGUAUUUAUUAGUAAUUAUACCCUGGUCGACCCUGAAAUCUAUCAACUUUGGGUUGAUGGCCAUUCCUCUAGUGAGGCUGUCAACAUUCUGCACCAACGAGGAAUAUGUCAGCAGACUAAUGCAUCACUCGAAUUGGUUGCUUCCGAUAUAUUUGAUCAUUAUCGUACUUAUGCUCUUCUUGAGAAAUUACUUCAUAGUCCUACAAAGCUUGCUAGUGAGCAGCUAGCCUUUCAAAUAGAACCACAAACUAGUCAAAUGCUCAUAGAAAUGUAUUAUGAAUUUGAUGAUGUAGUUAUACGUGAAUUACUGGGCAAGAAGAUAACAUCCAAAAGCAGAAAAGACAUGGACGAAGUGGCUGAGAAGACAGGAAUCACAUUGAAGAGUUGUAGAAGACAAUAUGACAAUGUAAAAAGAGUGUUCAAAAUUGUUGAAGACUUACCAGGCUCUCUCACAGCUAAUAUCAAACAACACUUUUUACUUUCUGAAGAUCUUGCUAAACGAUAUGCAGCAGUAGUAUUUCUGGCAUGUCUGCGAUUUGAGAUGAAUAAGAGAAAAUUGCAAUUCCUCACGUUUCCUGACUUAUAUCAUUGUGCAAACAGUAUGAUGGCAUCGUGGACAUAUCGCUGCGUCGGAUCUGAAUAUUUUGAUACUGAUUUGGACAGAGAAUUUCUGCAGGAAUUAUCGGAAUGCAGAAUUCUUUUAGAAAACGAUAAACAUCACAAACAUUUAGUGUGUUUAAAGCUCAAACCAAUGCUUCUCGAUCGAUCUUAUCAAGAACUGGAUGUAAACUUCCGUUCCUAUUCAAGAGCAAUACUAGGAAUUGGAAGUAACUUGCACAGGUCACGAGAAUUGAGAUUUUUUUUUUUGGAAUUGGUAGAAAGAUGUAUCGAGCCUUGGCGACAAGUUAAUUGGACCCAUUCUGAUCUACGGAAUUUCUUAUCCGUUUACACACAAUGUGCUCUUGAUAUGGAUGUACUUCGAGAAGGAGAAUUGAGAGAUGCAUUCGAACGUUAUAUGGCUGUAGUGACGUGUUGUCUAUUACGUAUGUAUCAUACAUAAGUACUACUUAUAAAAAGAAGUUAAUAUAUGUUCUGUUUUUUUUGGAGAAAAUAUUGUACAAAAGAAUAUAUUGAAUAA